AUGGCUACGGAGAGAGAGACCCUCAUGGAGACAGCAUAUCCAGAAGUGCUGGCUUUCUGUCAGAAGCACGGACUGAUGUUUGAGGUAAUUGACCUGAGAUGGGGUAUUUCUGAGCUUGUAGACAGCGAUCACAGAAACACACAGCUCUGUCUGGAAGAAAUUGAAGCCUGUCAGAAACUGUCAGCAGGUCCUACCUUUAUUGGGCUCCUGGGGGACUGCUACGGGCGCCAGACCGUGCCCCGGCUCCUUGCAGAGAAGGAGUUUGAGGCCCUAACUCUGCAGCUGUCAGGGGACUCUGCCCAGCUCCUGACACAGUGGUACCAGCGGGAUGAGAACGCGCUGCCCACCCACUACGUCCUGCGGCCGGCUGACGGGCAGGCCUGGCACCGCGCGGAGAGACGCCUGGCCUCGGCGCUGCACGAGGCAGCCCAGAGGGCAGAGAGGUGUGGGCUGCUCAGCCCAGAGCAGAGGCACUGCUACCGCAAAUCAGCGAUCGAAUGGGAGAUUGAACACUGUCUCCUCAAUAACCAGCAGAGCAACCUGGGGGCUUUCAUAUUCCUCAGAGAGGCUGAGGAUUCUGGCAGACAGACAGACAAAGGGACAAACUCUGAGCUGGCAGAGAAAGAGGACAACCUGGACAGUGAAGCAAAAGAGCUGCUCAGGAACCUUAAAGUGAAAAUUGCAAGCCACCAUCCCCAACACCUCACAGUACACACGCUGGCAUACAGCAAAGACUCUGGAAACGCCCAGCACAAGAGGAGUAAUAGAUACCUGAAACAGCUCUGUGAACAGUUCACUGCUGUCACUAACCACCAGGUCUUAGAGAAUCUUCGGUACCGAGGGCAGAUCAGCGAGGAGCCAGAGGGACUUCUGGAGGAGCUGAGCCACCAUGCAGCUCUGUGCCUGGAGAGCUGCAGAUUUUUCUGUGGGAGACAGAAUUUACUGGAUAACAUUUUUCACCAUAUCAGGCAGAACAAUGAUAAAACACACACAGCCCUGAUCCUCUAUGGGCCACCAGGCUGUGGAAAAACAGCUGUGAUGUGCAAACUAUCUGAGCAGGCACAAGCUGUUUUAGGGCAAGACACUGUGGUCGUGAUUCGUUUGCUGGGGACAUCCCAGCUCAGUUCCACUAUUCACAGCCUGCUGAGGGACCUUUGUCUCCAAGUGUGUUUAGCUUUUGAUUUGCCACCACCUCCAAACCAAAUCAAACAGGCUUGCAGUGAUUUAGUCUUGUUCCUCAGUAACCUCCUCCUCACUGUCUCACGUUGCAGCACACAGACACUGGUGUUGUUCCUUGACUCUGUGGAGAGAUUAUUUCCUUAUAGUGCUGCUCACAGAUUCUACUGGCUCCCUACAGACUGCCCUCCCAGGGUCCACAUCAUCAUUUCCAUUUCCACAGCAGAGCAUGACAUUCUGAAAGCUAUCCAACAUGCUGUGCCUGAGGCUGAGGCAUACUUUGAAGUAGGACCCUUAUCCAGGGAGGAAGGCGAGGAGAUGCUAGAGAUGCUCUUAGCAUCAGACAGACGGCAGCUGAGCCCAGCUCAACAAGCUUAUCUCAGGCAGAACUUCCCCACUGGUGGACUACCCUUGCUCUUCAAGCUGGCCUUCCACGAGGCCAGGAGAUGGGCGUCUUACACUUCACCUUCAGAAUUAAUGAUUGCUAGCACAGCCCAGGAAGCCAUGCACCGGCUGUGUGAGAGACUGGAGAAGUCACACGGCACAGUCCUUGUGGCCCAUGCGCUCGGCUACAUUGCUUCCUCACGAAACGGGCUGUCAGACAUGGAGCUAAAGGACAUUUUAUCCCUUGACGAUGAUGUUCUUUCAGAGAUUCACCACUGCCACUUUCCUCCAAGUAAAAGCGUCUUGCGCCUUCCCCCUCUCCACUGGGCACGGCUGCGCAGUGCCAUGGGAGGGUGCCUGGCAGAACGGAAGGCUGACGGCUUUGCCCUUCUCGGCUUUGCACACAGGCAAUUUGUUGAAACAGUACAGAAUCGUUAUCUAUCAAAACGAGACCAAACCAAGCGGCAUUUUCUCCUGGCAGAUUUCUUCAAGGGGACUUGGAGCUGGGGAAUGAAGAAACCUCUUACAUUACCAAACCUUAGCAGGACUUUGAAUGCUGACAGGAAGGUAGCCCCUCAGCCACUCUGGUUCUCCGAUUCUGUUGCCAAUCGGAGGAAGCUGAGUGAAUUGCCAUUUCACUUACUCAGCGCAGGACGAAUUGAGGAGCUAAAACAGGACGUGCUAGGGAAUAUGAACUGGAUCAGCUGUAAAAUAAUUGUCUCUGGAAUACAGAGUGUUAUUGAUGACUUUGCCAUGUGUACUGAACAGAUCGACUGUCCAGAACUACAUCUUGUGCAGAAUACUCUUCUCCUUUCGAAACCAGCAGUCAGCACUAUAGACAGCCUCGAGGGAUUGAGUAUACUAUACACAGAAGUGCUGGCCAGGCUGCUUUCUCUCAUGCCUUCUUACCCUGACAUGAUUGGGAAUCUGUGCCAGCAGUGUCUAAGCUGGUUCAGUGUCUGUCCCUACCCUGUUCUCAUUCCAUCGUGUGGAUUUCUCCAGCCACCCGGUGGGCCCCUGAACACAACGCUCACUGGAUUCCUCAAAGGCGUCACAGCGAUGGCACUUAGCUCUGAUUACAGGCUGCUGGUGGCAGGUUCCCAGGAUGGCUCAGUGCUCGUCUGGAACAUGGAAGUUAUCGAGAUGCUGCACCCCCUGCCUGGGCACUCCGCUGAGGUGAGGUGUGUGAAAGUGUUUGGAAAAGGAACUUGUGCUGUUUCAGCUGCCAUGGAUCACACUCUGCGCAUCUGGAAUCUGACCUCUGGCAGAGCCAAGUUUGUUAUCCAGGACACCCACUUUGAAGAGCAGCCCUCACGUUGCCUUCACGUGGAUGAGAGGCACAUGAUUGUAUAUUCUUCCUCAGAUACAAAGGUUAAUGCUUGGCACUUGGAGACAGCAGAACUCCUCUUCCAGAUUUCUGGAGAGGUGACAGAUGCGUGGAUGUGUUCUGCAGUAUUCAGCUCAAGGCUGGUGAUUAUGACUGUGUCUGAAGGAGGGACGCUGAGUCUGUGGAACAGCAACACCGGCAAGCUGCAGUCGAAAUGUCAGCUAUCAGGGCUGCAGGAAGAAACACCAACUGCUAGCGUUCUCAUCCAGAAGCAAGGGAAGAUGAUAGUGGGAUUUAGUGGGGGAUCUCUAUCCACGAUCUCUGCUGAUGGGAACAGUCUGCUAGAGAAGCUUCCUGGAAGGGUUUGCUUUGUGGUGGCAUCAGAAGACGAGUCCAUUCUUGCUGCAGGCUUUGGGGAAUACGUGCGAGUGUUUCUGGCUGACUCGAAGGAAUUCCACAGGCUCCUAGUGGCAGAUUUGGAACAUGAAGGAAUGGUUCAUACAGCUGUUAUAUCUCCUGACAACAGCCUCAUUGUUACUGGUUCUCAAACUGCAUCUAUCCAGGUGUGGAGUCUAACAGACCAGGGCUCGCUGACUGACAGGCUGGACGGCAUGGGAGCACCGGUAACACUCCUAGCCCUGUAUGACCGCACCGUGGUCUCUGCCUCCCACGGCGCGCCGUAUCUAAGAGUGUGGAACCUCACUGACAACCAGCAGCAGCAAACCUGGCCACCUGUCCCAGACACAGGCUGCACUGCGCUGUCGCAUGGUGGGAACUAUGUCUAUUUUACCCAGUCUGAAGACAGACAUAAAGUCAUCAUCUGGGACACCACAGAAGGUGCAGUGUGUGACACAUUGGACACCUCUGCCCAAGUGAGAUGCCUGGAAACAGCUGAGCAAAAUCAGCUCCUUUUCACUGGGCUUGUGUCUGGAACAGUCCUUGUCUUUCCACUGAAUUCCAGGCAGGACGUAGCAUGCAUCCCACCUCCAGAGUCACGGAAACCAGUCAAUGAUAUGUCAAUCAGCAAGGGGGAAAAGCAGCUGGCCAUAGCAUAUGAUGAUUUAGUCCUUGUGCUGAAUAUUACCCCUGCAGAUCCAUGCCCAGUGAUCGACAGGCCCACCUACACGUUUUAUACUCAGAUCCCUGGCGCUCUGAUUUCCAGUGUGGCUGUCCUCGCAGAUUGCAGAGUCCUCUACGGCAUGACUAGCGGGGACUUAUUCCUUUAUGACUGCCCUCAAUCCACAGUGUUUCCUUUGGAAGCUCACAGAAGCCAGAUCUCCUGUUUGGAAAGCAGCCAUGGAGAGCAGUGGGCACUCAGUGGAUCUGAAGAUUCCCUGCAAUGUCUCUGGGACUUGGAGUUUUGUCAGCAGGAACACGAGAUGCGCUAUUAUAAGCCUACAUCUCUCCUGAAAGGCAUUCGCUGUGCUUGUUUCUCAAAAGAUGAUAAGUACUUGUACACUGGAGCAUUGGAUCAGUCCAUUACAGUCUGGGAUGUUGCAAGUGGUGCCUUACUAGCUGUACAGCAUGUGUACGCAACUGCUAGCAGAAUUGUACCAACUGCAGAUGGGUUUGUUGCAACAACAAAACUUGGCUAUAUCAUUCGUGAGCAGUUUCGUUGUCCUCAGACCACACCUCCUCAGUAUAACCCACUCCAGAACAUCGUGGCAACGUGUACAGUAAAAUCCAGAAAGAAAGAACGAGAAAACUUGAGCAAGCAACAGCAUAACCAAGGAAGCUCUUCUGGGAACCCAGCUCGUACCAACAAGCUCUCCCAAAUCUGCUCAGUGGUAUAG